UGUUCGAAAGUGCGCCUGCGCUGCUUUGGCGCCCAAUGAAAAUACGGGCUCCAAUUCAUUCAAUUGCAUAACAAUACGCUGGGUGAAAUAACGGUAUCGUUAUCGUGUGCCCACGCUCAGUCAGAUACUGACGUGCCUGUCCCAACGGUCGUGUGCGCGGAUUUUUCCGACUCCGAUUCCCGCGUUUUGUCGCUGGAAAAAAGGUUUAUCUAAAUCCAGCUGGGAUACUCCACUUAAUCCGCCAAAAACUCCAAGAGCAGCCGAUCAAAUGGCUAAAUAAAUCUCAUAGCGAUAUAGACUAUGCCCCGCCCACGUAACACUUCGAAAUCGAGUGGAAAACACGGCUCUUAGCAGGAUUCCUGAGACCAGAAAAACUCGUUGUCCCAGUCGGCGGAAGUCCUUUCGCCAGGCAGAUUCGCCACCAGAAACGUUUGUGCGUCCCAUGGCAGAACUGAUGCCGCUGCUGCUGGCUAGCUAGGAAACGCACCGGAAACGGAACUGGAAACGGAACCGGUAACGGAAACGGGCACGCAAUCGGAAUCGGAACCGGAACUGCAACUGGAACCACCAGCGAUCGGGGGCACUCGCAAGGCAUGGACACCGCUGCCGCCGCCGCCGCUGCAGUCGCCGUUGAUCUGAAAUCCGAGCAGCAGCUCCUCGGCAGCUCCACAAAGGCGAGGAUCGGCGGAGCGGGAGUGACCACCGGAAGUGCUGGAGCUGGUGCUGGAUGCAACUGCCUGGGCAGCACCGUGGAGACCAUGUCCGUGACGCCACCGCCCACGCCGCCAUCGCGCUCCUCCGACGUCCACGUGGAGUCCAGUACCCCAGUCGAGAUGCACUUCCCGAACGGCUUGAAGGCCAAGGAGGCGCCCGAAGCCACCGUGGCAUACCCUGAGCCCACGCAGCCGGAACUGCCCGCCACAUCAUCCACGUCUUCCGCAAAAACUUCCACAAUGGGAUCAGGACCGGGAUCGGGGUCAGCAGCGGAGAGUCCCCCAGCCGGAGCUCCCAAUUCAGUGGCGAACAGCAAUAGCAACGGCAGCAGCAGCAGCAGCAGCAGCAGCAGUAGUUCCGCAUCCGGAUCCGGCGAGAAUGUGGUCCAGCUGCUGCCCUGGCAGGACAUGCCCACGUACCUGCAGUUCAAUCCCUACGUGCUCCGCGGAUACAGACCCCUGCAGACCUUCAAGGGCUGCCUCCUCAGCCUGUUCUACUGGCACAACGAGACCAUCAACAUACUGACGCACGCCAUCCCCAUCUUCUACAUCCUGGCCAUCGUGCCCGGCCUGAUGCCCUGGGACAGUGGCUACAAGUUCCUGUCCUUCUGCCACGUCUUCGGGUCGGUGGCCCCGUGGUGCGGCAGCUUCGUCUACCACCUGUUCAUGAACAUCGAGAAGGGCGAGAACGUCUACUACACGCUGCUCAAGCUGGACAUGGUCGGCAUCUGGGUGAGCCAGAGCUUCGGUGCCCUGCCCCUGGUGACCGCCACCACCCUCUGCUUCCCACCGGUGCUCAAGUGGCUGAUCAUCGUCUCCUACUGCGUGCUCUCGCUGUGGGGCCUCUACAAGGCACUCACCGCCAGUUCGCCGUGGCAGCGGCGCCUCUGCUUCGCCCUGCCCUUCGGAAUGCGCUCCAUCCUCACCUUCCUGCGCAUCCGGGGAAUGGUCGGCGGCAGCCACAUGGCCCUCUCCCAUGUCUACCUGCAGGUUGAAGUUGACGGCGUCUCCAUCCUGGGCGGCGCCAUCGGAGCGAUGCGGAUCCCCGAGAAGUGGUUCCCCGGCGUGGUGGACUUCUACCUGAACUCCCACAACAUCAUGCACGUGCUGGUCGUCGUGGCGGUGUACUCCAUGCACAAGGCGACCAUCAAGGACUUCGAGUGGAUGUCGACGCAGACGUGCCACACGGGCGGCAACGUGACCGAACAGGCGCUGGGGCACGUGGAGCUAUGACCCGCCUACUGGCUGCUGCCGCUGGUGCUGCUGCCCCUGCCGUGGAUCAUCCUGGCCAGGCGGCGGGCGCGGACGCACCUCAUCCGCGCCCUCAUCGCGCCCAUCGCCUGGCGGAGGAGGCGGGCCCCGGUGCCCGGAUGAGAGCACGAGGAGAAUGGGGUGAGGAGGAGAAGGGCUCCUUAAGUAUAUAUAGCGUGGAUAAGCGAGCUGUUGCAGGAACAAUAUGCAUAUGUAUCUCUAGGCGUAGGACUAGGCCAUACAUAUACGAACUGUAUGUGUGUAUUGCAUAUAGUACAUACUUCGACUGUGGUAUUAAGCAUUAAGGUUAUAUAAUUACGAUGACGGAUGACGGGGAGGAGGAGGAGAAGGACAGAAAGCAGGAGACGGAUUCGGAACCAAGUCUUCGGAUUUUCACGCUACACUCUCGCGAAUAAACAGUCGGCUUUAAUGGCUGGUCAAUGGGUAUUAAGUACUGGGUAUUAGGUAUUGAUUACGGAGUUUCGUACUCCGUAGGGGAUGUGUGAGGAGUAAACGAUUAUAUCGAGUAGUGGUAACGAUGAUUUGAAUGAUGUUGAUACACGUGUACCUCAUUGUGCUUACGACAACACAUCUUAUUUUCAAGUACUCGUACGUAUAACUUUGUACCUCGUCGGAAUUCUACAAUAAGAACACCUAUAAGCUAAUCUCUUCCUAGUUGAACUUUUAGAUAUGCAAAUUGUUAGUUGCUAGCGGUUACGUAGGCUUAGUUACCGCUCCAGUCUGUGGAUAGCUAUAUAGCUAUAUAGUUGUGAACCCAACUCAGCCAUUCUAUCGUCGCCGUAGUUAGAGACCCGUUUUCAAGUUGGACAAGUGUGAAAGAAACCAAUCAAUCCAAUCUUCUGGCGAUCAAUCGCUGCUGCAACGAAUCACGAACAUAAUACAUAAUACGUAGUCGAGUACGAAUUGGGUUUAUAUCAUUUACGUCAAUUGAGUGCGCAAUGUUAACCUUGAGUAUUUAUUGUGCUCCCCGAGUAUUGAAUAUUAUUAGAAACCGCAAUAUUAUUACCGUACGAGUUCCCUAGAUCUUAAGCAUUGGGGCAUACCUCAGGGUAUACCUUGUACAACCAACCAGAUUUAACUAUACGAUAGAACUUCCCGAACGUCGGUCUAUUUUAAUUCAAGCAAUGCGAACAAUUAUGAGUAAAGCGUUUUAGUAGUGUCAAUAAUUUACACCACCCGCGAACGAAGAGCGAGAGCAAAUCCAAGUGAAACGUAAGCUAACAAACUAAUUCAAAGGACAAAGCAAUAAUUAUAGGCAGACUCAAUGCUUUAAGUUUAAAGUUGCUGCUAGACCUAAGUGACAAUUAUACGAGUAAUGUAAAUGAUUUUCUGAGAAGGUUAAUAAACAUUAAAAGUGUAUUUAAUGAGCAAUCGAA